AGCGGCUUCUUGGGGAGCGCGUGGAUGCGCCAUCAGCGUUGCGCGGCCCGGGUCUGGGGGUCCUUGGGAAAGCCGUGAGGGCACUCGGGCGCGUGCCCCCGGGCCGCAGCUUCGCCGUAGCUCCCACGCCGCUGUGCUUGGUUCUUGCUCGCGGACAGCUCUUUCUCUGGCCGGGUGUUUUGUGGCCGGGUGGGCAGCUGGCGUCCCCGGGAGCGGUGAGGGCGGGGUCGGGCGAGCCGGGCCGCGGCGUCCGGGUCCAGCUGGCGCCCGCGCAGGACCUGUGGGAGCAGGCCGCUCUGGGAGCUGGGCCGGCCGCCGCAGCCCUCUGCGAGGCGAAGCUCGCUCUCCUGGCGGAGCCGCGGUGGUUGGGGGUGGCUCGUGGCCUCUGGCGAGGGCGGCGCUCUCGGGACCCUCCGUCUUCAUUUUCCCCCGUGGCCCAGCAGCGCCCAGCCUGGGUUCGUCCCCCAUAGAACCUUCCCGGAACGAAAGACGCUUUGCAUGUGUUCGUCCAGUGAUAGCGUGUCAUUCUCUUUAUAGUUUUCCUUACUGAGGUAUACUUUCCCUACAGUGAAACGUAGCUUUCAUGUGUGCUCCCAGACGGGUGUCACAAAUGAAUCCCCUCUUGCAAGCCCCCUCAAAUCAAAAUAGCCUUUCCUUGCCCUGAGAAAGUGCCCUCAUCCCCUCCCCGGGGGCACGGUGUUCCGACGCCUAUCACCCUAAUCGUGCCUGUUCAGCUCACAUAGAUGCAAUAUGUAGUAUAAACACCUGUGAUUCGCUUUUUUUAUGUCAACUAGACUACCUUUUAAUUCAAACAAAACUUUAUCUCUUUUAAAAAGAUGUAACUGCUUUCCCCUUCGUUUAAUCCUUGUCGUAUUAUUCCCAAGAUUGAAUUUGGUGACGGUUAAGUUAAUGCUGCUUCUGAUGUUUGGUUCUCUCUGUGUAAAGUAAAAGAAAAGACGGGCUUUCCUGUAAAUGUGGAUGAUCCUGGGUUUUUCCCCUUUCCAUUUAAUUAGAUGACAGUGAAAAAUGUGUUCAGAAAGUAACGUUUUCUUCUUGAACACAUUAGUGGGAAGUAUAAAUAUUCUGAUUCCCAUGAUACAGAGUAUGUUAGAAUAGGGCUCUAAGUUUUAAAGAAUGCUGGUAAGGACUCUUCUAAUUAUAGACAAUCUGAAACGCAAAUUCUGGUAGGAAUCUUCAUGUGAGAGAGCCUGCCAGCUGCAUCUUCUCCAGUUACAUUUGUUUUAGCAGAGGCUGCUGUCUCUCUAAGGGAUAGGUUAUAUAUCGAAAUAGAUUUGAAAAGAGAAAAGUGAAUAUAACUUAAUUCAGCUUAACAUUUUGGUUUAAAAAAUUUAAUUUUCUUUGGUAUCAUUAAUAUCCUUGAAAAUUCAAUGAGAAUUGUGAUUCCUUUUUCCAGAAAAAUGAACUUAACUCGCAUCCACUGGAGAUUUCACAUCCAUUUUCAAAAAGAUAAGGAAAUCAUUCUAUAGAUUCUUACCGAGGAAUCCUGUAGUUUCCUUGGUUGGUCAAUGCUCGUAUUAUUUUUUCCUAGUUGAAAACAAGACCAUUAGUUUGGUCAGUAGAAACCAUGGCAUGCACACUGGUGUUACAGUAAAAGUAGGUCACAAACCAAGAAAGUUAGUAAUGGAAAGCAAGUCAGGAAGUUUGGGCUAUGUGUUUUCCUGUGGCCUUAGAACAUCCUUUCAGCCAUUCCACAAAUAUGCCCGGACCCCCAGUGGAGUUGCAGCUUUUGCUCCUGGCCUUGGGGAUUCAGCAGAGAAUGCUCCUGGCAAGAUUCCUGCCCUCGAGGAAAUUCGAAAUGAGUCCCAUGACUAUCCUCAUAGAGUGGCCAAGUUUCCAGAAAACAGAAAUCGAAACAGAUACAGAGAUGUAAGCCCAUAUGAUCACAGUCGUGUUAAACUGCAAAAUGCUGAGAAUGAUUAUAUUAAUGCCAGUUUAGUUGACAUAGAAGAGGCACAAAGGAGUUACAUCUUAACACAGGGUCCACUUCCUAACACAUGCUGCCAUUUCUGGCUUAUGGUUUGGCAGCAGAAGACCAAAGCAGUUGUCAUGCUGAACCGCAUUGUGGAGAAAGAAUCGGUUAAAUGUGCACAGUACUGGCCAACAGAUGACCAAGAGAUGCUGUUUAAAGAAACAGGAUUCAGUGUGAAGCUCUUGUCAGAAGAUGUGAAGUCGUAUUAUACAGUACAUCUACUACAAUUAGAAAAUAUCAAUAGUGGUGAAACCAGAACAAUAUCUCACUUUCAUUAUACUACCUGGCCAGAUUUUGGAGUCCCUGAAUCACCAGCUUCAUUUCUCAAUUUCUUGUUUAAAGUGAGAGAAUCUGGCUCCUUGAACCCUGACCAUGGGCCUGCAGUGAUCCACUGUAGUGCAGGCAUUGGGCGCUCUGGCACCUUCUCUCUGGUAGACACUUGUCUUGUUUUGAUGGAAAAAGGAGAUGAUAUUAACAUUAAACAAGUGUUACUGAACAUGAGAAAAUACCGAAUGGGUCUUAUUCAGACCCCAGAUCAACUGAGAUUCUCAUACAUGGCUAUAAUAGAAGGAGCAAAAUGUAUAAAGGGAGAUUCUAGUAUACAGAAACGAUGGAAAGAACUUUCUAAGGAAGACUUAUCUCCUGCCUUUGAUCAUUCACCAAACAAAAUAAUGACUGAAAAAUACAAUGGGAACAGAAUAGGUCUAGAAGAAGAAAAACUGACAGGUGACCGAUGUACAGGACUUUCCUCUAAAAUGCAAGAUACAAUGGAGGAGAACAGUGAGAGUGCUCUACGGAAACGUAUUCGAGAGGACAGAAAGGCCACCACAGCUCAGAAGGUGCAGCAGAUGAAACAGAGGCUAAAUGAGAAUGAACGAAAAAGAAAAAGGUGGUUAUAUUGGCAACCUAUUCUCACUAAGAUGGGGUUUAUGUCAGUCAUUUUGGUUGGCGCUUUUGUUGGCUGGACACUGUUUUUUCAGCAAAAUGCCCUAUAAACAAUUAAUUUUGCCCAGCAAGCUUCUGCACUAGUAGCUGACAGUGCUACAUUAAUCAUAGGGGUUUGUCUGCAGCAAACACCUCAUAUCCCAAAAACGGUGCAGUAGAAUAGACAUCAACCAGAUAAGUGAUAUUUACAGUCACAAGCCCAACAUCUCAGGACUCUUGACUGCAGGUUCCUCCGAACCCCAAACUGUAAAUGGCUGUCUAAAAUAAAGACAUUCAUGUUUGUUAAAAACUGGUAAAUUUUGCAACUGUAUUCAUACAUGUCAAACAGUAUUUCACCUGACCAACAUUGAGAAAUCCUUUAUCACAGGAUUUGCUUUUGGAGGCUAUCUGGAUUUUAACCUGCACUUGAUACAAGCAAUAAAUAUUGUGGUUUUAUCUACAUUAUUGGAAAGAAAAUGACAUUUAAAUAAUGUGUGUAAUGUAUAAUGUACUUUGACAUGGGCAUCAACACUUCUAAAGCAUUUCAGGGUAAAUAUAUUUUAUAAGUAUCUAUUUAAUCUUUUGUAGUUAACUGUACUUUUUAAGAGCUCAAUUUGAAAAAUCUGUUACUAAAAAAAUAAAUUGUAUGUCGAUUCAAUUGUACUGGAUACAUUUUCCAUUUUUCUAAAGAGAAGUUUGAUAUGAGCAGUUAGAAGUCGGAAUAAGCAAUUUCUACUAUAUAUUGCAUUUCUUUUAUGUUUUACAGUUUUCCCCAUUUUAAAAAGAAAAGCAAACAAAGAAACAAAAGUUUUUCCUAAAAAUAUCUUUGAAGGAAAAUUCUCCUUACUGGGAUAGUCAGGUAAACAGUUGGUCAAGACUUUGUAAAGAAAUUGGUUUCUGUAAAUCCCAUUAUUGAUAUGUUUAUUUUUCAUGAAAAUUUCAAUGUAGUUGGGGUAGAUUAUGAUUUAGGAAGCAAAAGUAAGAAGCAGCAUUUUAUGAUUCAUAAUUUCAGUUUACUAGACUGAAGUUUUGAAGUAAACACUUCAGUUUCUUUCUACUUCAAUAAAUAGUAUGAUUAUAUGCAAACCUUACAUUGUCAUUUUAACUUCUUAAUGAAUAUUUUUUAAAGCAAACUGUUUAAUGAAUUUAACUGCUCAUUUGAAUGCUAGCUUUCCUCAGAUUUCGACAUUCCAUUCAGUGUUUAAUUUGUCUUACUUAAACUUGAAAUUGUUGUUAUAAAUUUAAUUGCUAGGAGGCAUGGAUAGCAUACCUUAUUUCAGUGGUUUUCAAACUAUGCUCAUUGGAUGUCCAGGUGGGUCAAGAGGUUACUUUCAACCACAGCAUCUCUGCCUUGUCUGUUUAUAUGCCACAUAAGAUUUCUGCAUAAGGCUUAAGUAUUUUAAAGGGGGCAGUUAUCAUUUAAAAACAGUUUGGUCAGGCGCGGUGGCUCACGCCUGUAAUCCCAGCACUUUGGGAGGCUGAAGUGGGCAGAUCACCUGAGGUCAGGAGUUCAAGACCAGCCUGGCCAAUGUGGUGAAACGCCAUCUCUACUAAAAAUGCAAAAAUUAGCUGGGCAUGGUGGAGGGCACCUGUAAUCUCAGCUACUCAGGAGGCUGAGGUAGGAGAAUUGCUUGAACUCAGGAGAUGGAGGUUGCAGUGAGCUGAGAUCACGUCACUGCACUCCAGCCAGGGCGACAGAGCGAGACUCCAUCUCAAAAGAAACAAACAAAAAAAACAGUUUGGGCCGGGUGUGGUGGCUCACGCUUGUAAUCCCAGCACUUCGGAAGGCCAAGGCAGGCGGAUCACGAGGUCAAGAGAUCGAGACUGUCCUGGCCAACAUGGUGAAAUCCCUUCUUUACUAAAAAUACAAAAAUUAGCUGGGCGUGGUGGUGCAUGCCUGUAGUCCCAGCUCCUUGGGAGGCUAAGGCAGGAGAAUCACUUGAACCCGGGAGGCAGAGGUUGCAGUGAGCCGAGAUUGCACCACUGCACUCCAGCCUGGCAACAGAGCAAGACUUCGUCUCAAAAAAAAAAAAAAAAAAAAAGUUUGAAAACCAUUGGUAUAGAUAGAUAUUUUGAAUUGAUUUGCAUAGUCUCCUUGAAUGUGUUAAAUUAUGUUGAAAGUAUGAAAGCAGGAUGUAGGUGGUACUACAUAUUAAAUAAGAUUUAUAUAACAUGUGCCUGUGUCCUGAUUCAGUAUUACUGUGUCCUGUAACCUUGAAAUGGAGAGGAGGUAAGAGGGACAUUUUUUUAUGUCUGUCUGCAUUAAACCUGUGUUGAGGCAUCCAAGACCCUUACAUUUCAGGUUGUUAUUGGUUUAAAACCUCUUUCCAGUUUGCAUUGGUUUGUCUUUGCUAAAUACAGUAUGUUUAUGUUACUCUGCAAGUCACAUACAGGUAGACCUUAUGACAUUUCCAGUUGAAACUAGGCUUGCUUUCGGUACACAGGUGAAGACUUGAGGAAGCCAGUGCCAGAGAGGAUGUGCCUCACCCCUCAGCUGGCUGAAUGCGCUUCACUGGCUUACGCUUUGCUUUCUGUAUGCUUUCUGUCCUUCUGGGUGGUGUCGCAUAUAUUUUUAAAACCACAUUCAGUGUGAUGAACACUUGUUGGUACACUUCUAAGGUUAGUCAUCUUUCCUUCUCUGAGCAGAUCCUUGAGAAGGGCAUUGACAGUGGAUGCUUUAAAUAGUGUUCAGUUUUUACCAGUAAUAAUAGUUUUUGGUGGAUGUCAUGAAAACACAUGACAUCGUGUUGUGCCCAUGAUAAAAAGUCCUGACUUUUUAUUGAAUGAGGUGUGCUGGUCAAAGAGACAGACGUGGCUGCCUUCUCUGGUAACAGCCAGAGGAAAAAGUUAGCAAUUCUAGAUGGGUUCUACAGCUUUAAAAAACUUGUUGUAUCCUUAGGUCCUCAUAAUAUUAAAUAUUUUCUAAUUUUAACAGAUUUUAAGAGUCAGAUAUAUACUUUGACUUGAAUGAGGUGGUGUUGCUUCUUAAAUAGGUUAAGGAAGAAAAAAUUAUUAAAAAAAGGUUUAUUUUCAGGAGUUUUAAAUUCAUAUCUAGUUCAUUUCCACUCAUAUCUAUUUCUGCUAAUAGAUUGACAGCAACCUUUGGUUUAAUGCUAUGUUCUCUAGCUACACCAAGUUAUAUAUUCCUUUCCACUGUUAACCAAGUAUUUAUUUUAUGUUAGCCUAUGACUGAGUUUUAUCUAUGCUUGCACAUAUAUAGAAUGUAAAAAUAUAAUUCUCCAUGUUUAAUGUAUCCAUAUAAAAAUGAAAAUACCCAUUUUCUGCAUUCUUAAAGGGUUAAGAAAAGUAACAUGUAAUAAGCACAUGGAGGACUUUAGAGCAAUAUAAAGACCAUUUCUUAUGUUAGAGGAGACUUUAUACAUUUGUCAGGUUUUCUGUCUUUUGGUCCUUUUAUGUUCUUAGUCCAUUUCAUUAUUGUUUUAAUAUUUCUACAAAGGAAUGAACAAGAAAAGAGAAAGGAAGAAAAAAAUGUGUUAAUCAUUUUCUUUUAAUGGUAUGUCAGCAGAAGGGGUUCUGACUGUAAGCUAAUGUGCACUUGUGCCUGUCCUCUUUGUCUUAAACUAAAGUUGGUGGUAUGAAUCGAAAAAUGUGUAUUGGUUUAAAAAGCAGUUUAUGAUAUGAAACGGUCUUCCAGUUUUUAUAUCAACUCAUUUGCUUUCAACAGUCAGUUCAAAGCACCAUUUAUUGAUGGUUUACUGUAUGCCAGACACUGUGUUUUUUCUUUACGUAUUACCCUACUUAAUCCUCAACACAAUUUUAUGAAGUAGGUAUUGUUAGCCUGAAACUGGCAUUUCUCCAUCCUUUUAUGGUGCUGUCUUUGAAAAGUCUCAAGAUGUGUAACAUGUCCUAGAAGUAGAUAAUUAUCAAAGGAAGACUGCAACUGCAACUCAUUUCCCUCUGAGAAAAAAUAUCCCUGACUAAAUUACAUAUCUAAUUCCAGACCAGAACCUGGUGGUAUUAAAAGUGUUUUGGUUGACUAUUGUAUACCAUAAUGAGUACCUACAUUCCCAGAUUGCCUGCCUGGUUGUUGUACAGACUUAAAAAUCUAGCCUGCCUUGAUUUUUACUUUUCAGAUACACAUGUUUAAAGAGAUCUUUGCUGGUCACAGUAGCUCACACCUGUAUUCCCAGAACUUUGGGAGGCCAAGGUGGGAGGAUUGCUUGAGCCCAGGAGUUUGUUCAAGAUCAGCCUGGGUCUCUACUUAAAAAAAAAAGAAAAAUUUAUCUGGGUAUGUUGGCACGUGCCUGUAGUCCCAGCUACUCAAGAAGCAGAGGCAGGAGGAUCACAUAAGCACAGAAGUUUGAGGCUGCAGUGAACUAUGAUGGAGCCAUUGCACUCCAGCCUGGGCAAUAGAGGAGACUUGUCUCUCUCUAUAUAUUUGUCUCUCUCUCUCUGUCUCUCAUAAUACAUAUAUACAUACAUAUAUAUAUACACACACACAUACAGAUAUAUAAAAUAGAUAUAAAAAUAUAUUAGAUAUUUUAAAGAUUAUAAAUAUUUUUUAAAAAUGUAGUCUAUUAUAAGACAAAUGUCAUUAGGCAUGUAGUCCAUUUCUUUCUGUGUUCAGGCAGGAGUUCCAGUUCUGUAAACAUUGGUUUAUCUUUUUUUCUAGCAGGUGCACACAUGGGUUCUCAGUGAUGUGUAGCUGGGGCAUAGAUUGCUCUCAGUCUGUUGCACCCUGCAGGGGAGAUGUCUGAGGUCCUUCCUCGCCUGGCUGUGCUGGACGCACAGUGCAUAGCAGAACUAACUGCACAGCAGAAAUGCCAGUUCUGUGUUCCCAUUGAUACAUCAACAACUAAUAAAGUCUCUUUUACUUUUAAGAAACCCUUAUUUGGCUUUGGUGUAUUUACAUGGUAGGGGCCUAGAAUUUUAUAAAUAAAAUUUUGAAGAAUAGAAAUGUAUUUUUUCACGAUUUAAAAACCACCUGUAUGGUUUACUCUGGAGUUGACCUGUUCCACUCAUCCUUCUCCCCAGUUCAUUUGUUUCGUUUCAAUUCCACUUUCCCUUAUACCUAUCUUCAAAGCAGUGUCUAUGGGACAGCAUUGCCAAGAGCCCUGACUGGGCCUGGCUUGGUAACUCACUCCUGUAAUCCCACCUGCCCCUAGAAGUGCAGAUAUACUAGAAAAUACAGCUGUCUUUGUUCCAGUGAAUAUGUAUAAGGGGUAACAUGCCUUGGUGGAAAGCAGCUCAGAUUGUGUGGACUCCUCAAUCCCUGCUCUACCAAGAGCUCUCCAGUUCCAAAACCGUACACUCAGUGGCUAUGUUCUGUGUGCCUGCUCCCAAUACAGCCAUUAUGUUGUUCAUCCAGAUUUGAGAAUUUAAGCUUUUCACUCCUCUUUGUGUAGUAUUAUUUAAGUAAGAACUUCUAGGAAAAUAGUAUGAGUUUGGUUAUUUUUCCCUCGGCAGCAGGAAUUUUCUGAAUAUUUAGCACAUUCAGAUUGCUCCAAGAACAGCAUUGAGCAAUGCUGUACAUGUGCUUUCUCCUAGGGCUGUCUCCCCUGGCUCCUGGGUUCUGGAAAGACUCAUUGUCCUUCAGGGAAGGGAGCAUUUUUCCUCACUGCCAUUGCUGAGCCUUUUCUCCUGCUGUAUACUAUUUAGCCCAGCAUGAAGCCAUCGCCUGUAAGGAGUGAUGGAUAGAAGUGUUUACUUGGUUUGUGAGGCCUUGUCUCUAAAGGGUAACAGUCUGACAAGGAAAACAUUUCAAAGAGCCCUGACCAGGCCUGGCUUGGUAACUCACUCCUGUAAUCCCAGUACUUUGGGAGGCCGAGGCUGGAGAAUCAUUUGAUCCCGGGGGUUCGAGACCAGCCUGGGCAACACGGUGAAACACCACUCUAUUUAAAAAAAAAAAAAAAAAAAAAAAGAGCCCUGACCCCCCUCUCUGGGCGAUCCAUUGGGAGAAUUUGAAAAGUUCAAACUUUUGAACUCUUCCUACUUUAUUUUUUUAAAUUUAGAAUGGAAGGUGGGAAUUAUGCAAUUUGGUGAAGAUGUUACAGAAACUGCUUCACGACUUUCUGGUUUUACGUUGUACAGUAUGUUUUGAGGAGCUCCAAGAAUUGCACAGGAAUUUUUUUCUUUAUACAGACCAUUUUUUAAAGACGCAUCAAGUUAUUCUUUAUUGUGGCUCUAAUUUGGCAUAUUUUUCAGACACAGGUUGCUCUUGAUACAUCAAAUUUCUGCUGUUAAAAACUUCAGUUAUUUUGAGUUUAGUUAAUUCAGGAGAGGGAACCUAGGUAAGUCAUCUGUAGGGCAUCUUUGCACCUUAAGAGAAGUUUCUGAUUAGCCUCAAUUCAAUUUAGUAGAAUAUUAGUGUGGAUAUCUGGUGGCAAAACCUAUUCUUGGUGCAAUUUGGCUUUUCGUGGCCUCAGGCAUAGAGCUGACUUGGGAGUGGACCCUCUGUCCACACCCACCCAGCUCUUGCGCCUUUCUAGCAUAAAGCGGUGUGUCAGAGCCACUGUCUCCACAGAAAGCACCACGUUUGUUUCAUUUGACUUAUUUGAACCCGUUUCUCCUGCCUUUGCCUUUUUAAAUAAAAAUAGCAAAAAUUGAUUCAAGUGAAUCUAUUAGAAUUUUCUAAAAUGGAGCCCAUUUGUCUUUUCAGUCUUGCAAGUAGAGUCUUUAAAACAAUUAAGCCUCCCAAUGAUUUAACCGUAUUUUCUUACCCCCGCUCCCUGAAUAAUAUUUACAAAGAAAUAAUAACUUGAAUUUUUAAAAACCCCGUCCUUCAGUUGUUACAAAUGAUAGUUCAUUCUUGGUAAGUGUAUCUGUAACAAAAUACUGGGGAAGGACAUGAGGUAUGGUGAACACUUAAAAUUCUGCCAACCAGCUUAAAUACAUAAUCUAAAUUUAACCCACGUAACACCUCUUCUAGGUAAACAGCAUUCUCCCUAUAUUCAGAUGAGAAAACUGAGUCAAAGAAUAAGUAACUUGCCCAAGAUUGCACAGCUAGUACAUGACAGAACUGAGAUUCACUCUGCAAUCUGUAGACUUCCAGUAACUCCAAACCUCAUACUUUUUCUUUUAUGUUACACUGACUCUGUUUUUAAUGGAAUAUUUAAAUGAGAUAUUUAAGUGGGAAAGUAAUAGACAACCACUCCUACCUGUUAAAAUCCAGAGUAAUUCUCUAGUUUUUAAAUGGAGCACAUUUAAAAAACUUUGUGCACCAGUUUGAACUACCACUGCAACAGAGAAAUACUAGAACAUCAGAGUAUUCUCUAAAGCAGAUCAUUAUUUCAUUCACUUUGAUUGAAUUGAGUUGUUUAUUUUAAAGACUUCUGGAUGCAUGGAAAACAUAUUUUGCAGCACUCAGAAUCAAUACAAAGUACCUUCAGCCACUUUGGUUCACGUUCUGAAGAUUCAUGUAAUAAACAUCCAUAGUAGUUUUGGGCUCACAUUAUCUAAUGAGAAUGUUUUCUUGAUGACUUGACAUUUCUCCGUCACUGUUGGAUAAUCAGAGAAGAAAAGGACUGUUCAGAACACCAAGGUGCUUGGUACAAUUAUGCCAAGUGCCCUGUCUUUAAAGGGAGUAGCCUAAUUCUCAGCAUUUGGGAGUUUUUGACUAAAUGUGUGGAUAUGAUUUGUAUUUCGUUUUUCUUAAUAUAUAUGUGAAGAUACAAUACUGACAAGUACUUAGAUUUGGAGGUUUUGCGGUACUGAGGGGAGUUGGGGGAAGAAUGGAAGUACCAUUGACCUCCUAAAAAGUUCAGUUACUUGCAAAGUUUGGGAGGUGACAUCAAAAACUCAACUGCCCUUACAAUAGUCAUUCCAUCCAUCUGUUGCUUAUUUGAAUUCUCAUUUAUUUUUACUUUAUGGCAUUAAAAUACAAUAAAUCUGUCAAUUAUGUCUUUUAUAUUAGUAGUAGCUUAAGAUUGGGUCACUUCAUUUCGGUAGAUAUAAUUGUUAGUAUUAUCCUUCAGGACAAAAAGCAUCUGCUAACAACCUGUGAUUUAAAAAUAUAGGCCAACUUUAUGUUCAAACGUUAUGUUGAUAAUAUUUUUAGCAGUAUUACACAGUGGAGGUCCAAAUUGGAUUAGACUUUUGCAUUGAAUUCCAAAGUAUUGGUAAGUCUAGCACAUACUAUAAAGUCUUGCUAAAUUCUUGUGGGUACAUUAUUUUUAAAACCUGUCUGUCUGUCGGUAUCACACAGAGGUCACUUCUUGAGUAAAAUAAGAUGACCUUAAGAAUUCACAUAAUUCUUGAAGAAGAAUAUAAGUCACGACGCUUCCACAUGAGGCCGCGUCACACCACCAUCGUUUGGAAAUCCAGCACCCCAGCCGUUUUACCCUAAGAUAACAGUGCAGCACUUAGUGUGGUUGAAUGUGUCAUGUGGGAAUGAUUUUUGGUCGCCUUUUCAGUUCAUUGUUAGUCCUUUUAUGUUUGUGUGCAUCUAUGUUCGUCUGUGUGUUUGGUAAAUAUGAAUUGAAUAGAUGACUUCUUAUUUUAUGUUUUAGGCCAAGAUUGACAGACACCUAAUAUUCAUGACUUGAGAAUAUUCUGCAGCUAUAAAUUUUGAACCAUUGAUGUGCAAAGCAAGACCUGAAGCCCACUCCGGAAACUAAAGUGAGGCUCGCUAACCCUCUAGAUUGCCUCACAGUUGUUUGUUUACAAAGUAAACUUUACAUCCAGGGGAUGAAGAGCACCCACCAGCAGAAGACUUUGCAGAACCUUUAAUUGGAUGUGUUAAGUGUUUUUAAUGAGUGUAUGAAAUGUAGAAAGAUGUACAAGAAAUAAAUUAGGAGAGAUUACUUUGUAUUGUACUGCCAUUCCUACUGUAUUUUUAUACUUUUUGGCAGCAUUAAAUAUUUUUGUUAAAUAGUC